AAAAGUUGAUUGCCUUUGUUGCCUUUGUGAUGCUGAUUACCUUACUGGAGCAGAUCAAAUCAGGAGUCCAUGCAGGGCGCAUGACAAAACCAAAGAGGGCAGGCCGAGUUAAAGUGAUCCAUACAGGUCCUCGUGUUAGGAAGCUCAAAAAAAAGGUUGAAGAAUUGGAGAAGCAACUCGCCUCUAUGGAACCGUGUGAACGUGAGAAACAUUUUACUUCACUGUAUUAUUCUCUUUAACCAAGUAAACUGAAAACAAAUUAAACUAGUUUGACUUUAGAUCCUUCCUCUGCGCACAUACACUGGAAUCAAAGGCGAUAUUAGGCAACAAGGAAUCAAUCGGGCCACUGUAAAUAGACCUCUUCAGCUUGUAUGUUUUGUUUUCCCAAUAGAGGUCCCUGGGGAAUCCGACCCUUCGGCUGUUUAUAAAUUAUGCGUACAUAUGCACGUGAAUAAGACGAGAUUAGAGAGAAACAGUUGUCUAGAGUAUUAUCACAUGACCUGUAUUGGGAAAACAAAACAUUUAAGCUAAAGAGGUCUAUUGUGAGGUCUAGCUAGAAUUUAACAAACUAUUCCAUAACAAUAUCCUUUAACUUUGCUAUAAUAGUGAUGAUGGUAUUAAUUGAAAAAGGGAUUUAUUUCAAUAAUUCACACGCAGAUUGCUCAAGGCAGCCUGAGAAGGUCUUUUAUAUCAGCAAAUGCAAUAAAUAAAUAAAUGCAUGGAGCGGAUCAUUGUUAUUCUAAAUUUUCUUCAAUGUUUGAAAUUUGGAGAAGGUUUAUUGCAUCCCCACACAAGUCUUAAUUAAGAAAUAUUAUUAUGCACCGUUAUUAAAUAUCAAUCAUAACCUUUGCGCGAAUGCGAUGUUGGGUUGGAUUAUAGUUUGGCUCCAUGAUACUUCUUUUUUUGGUUUAACCCUAUUUGGCUCCAAAUUCUUCCUACACCGAAAGAGCUUUUCAAAUUUUCUGACUUUUCCUAAAAUUUAUCUAGGAACAUUUUGGUAUAAUUACCAUGUCCAUGUGAUUAAUCAUGUUGCCAUGGCAACCAGUUUCUGAGACAUAGGUUUUGGAAAAUUUAAAAAAUGGUGAUUUUUUGUUUUAAGAUCGCGUUUUUACACUUAUAGUGCUUUUUGUUGUUAAAAUGGUCUUUGCUUGGGACUAGUUUUUGAAUUACAUCAAAAUGUUUCAACAUCGAAUAUUUGGGGGGAGGGGUGGGGUAAAAUUUGUCACUUUUUUGCUUUGACAAAUAUGCUGCUCUAUUUUCCAAAUAACACUUCCAAAGUCAUUUGUUUGGGUAAUAAACAUUAGUUUGAUACUUCUUUUAUACAUUCUGAGCUUUUUUCCCUUUGAAAGUUGCUUUAAAUUAUAAUUUUAACAAAAAAACGGAAAUCCAAGAUGGCGGAUCCAAGAUGGUGGGCAACCAUUUCAAAUUUUGGCAAUUAUGACGUCAUUAGCACCUUUAAAGUGUCAAAACACAUGUCAAAGUGUGUAUUUUAUAUGCAUAUAUGUUGUAUAUUAUAUUAAAGAGAUGACUUUACCAAUAUCAUUGAUAUUUUACGUAUAUAAGUGGAAAAUAAUAAGAAACAUCGAAAAAUCGGAAUAUGACGUCACUGUGACGUCAUCAUUGGGCGUGGCAAGUCAAAACUGGGUGUGGGGCUUCUUUGUACGGAGAUGAUCAUUGUGUGUAAAUUUCAUGACCCUAGCAUUAUUGGUUCCAGAGAUACAGAGGGGGGGUCCGAGGAGCCCCCAGUCACAGAUUGACCAAAAAAGCCCAGUCUGAAUAGAGUUAAAAAAUGAUUGAUAAAUAAAUACUCCAGCCUCCACCGCAUUUGUUUUAUAUAUUGUGGGGAUUUAUUGAAUAUGAUUGGAAAACUAAACAAGGAUAGUAAACUCAAUUUUUAACGGGCCUUUGUUUUAAUUUCCCUCAAAAAAUGAAUCUUUUUUUAAUUGAAAACAUAAAAUUGUGCCUGAGUAAGACGAAGUCGACCUAGGACUCCGCGGGAAACAACGCCACUUUCAGUUUUCAAACAUGUUAAACUUUAUUAAACAAAACAAAACAACACAAAGUUUUCAGAGCUUUGCUCAGGUGUUGUAGAAUUUCCCUCGCUUGCCAUUGUGAAACCCAAGCCUCGGAUCUGCAAACAUUAAUCUCACCCUUACAUUGGGUACCUAUGAUUUUCUUAAUUUGCAGUAUGGUAUAUAUGUUUCUAUUUUAUAGCUUGUGAGUCAGCCAAAAGAGAGGGUUUCCUGUUUGAAAGUCAUACAAUAGCUGACUACCUUGAAGUUGAAGUUGAAGGCUUGAAUGAGCCAUUAGAUGCAUUAACUUCAUGUACCUGGGUCAAAUUUAGAGAUUCUUCUUUUUCUUCUGAAUUUGUUUUCUGCACUCUUGGCUGGCAGCUUUUCUUGGGCCGACAAUCUAACAAGCUUGUGAUGAAAACGAAAGGUGGAUUUAGGUAACUGAUGAAAAACCUUUGUUGUGGUCUUAACUCUGAAUAAUGCUAGCAUUUGAAGUUCAAGUCAUUUAUAUGCAUUUUUGUGUGUGUACAUGUGAUUUGUUACACUUUGUCAUAGUCGUCUAUAACACGUUCUCGUCGACAACUUGUUCAAAUCUUGGACAGACUGUGGUCAUACAUACACAAGAGUACUGUACAGGCUGCAUCUCACGUUUAACUAAGGAACAUUUCUACAUUGAACGUUGAUGUGACACGUUUAACAAUAUAAACAGUUCAAGACUCACAACUACGGUCGAACUAGUUAUGCACGAGUCGAUCGUUCAGGUAGCCUACGAGGAUCAAAUCAUAUAGGGGGUGUCUUUGGAGAACAAAUCUAAGCGCAAGUCUAAGCGGUUGUCUCUGAAAAUUCUUCGUAGUAAAAGUCUAGUAUGUAUGGUGAACAAAGGGAUCAAUCCGCACCUUAGGUGCUUGCUUGAAACAGGUUUUAAAAUGGAGAAAAUGCAACAAUCACCUCGUUCAAGGAAGAGGAAUCGGUUACGGAAGAGUUGUUUCAGCGAUAAGCCUUUAGCUUGGAAAUAUUUAGUCGUACAGUUUUAAGAAUGUUGUAGCUUAUGGUGGGAAAUUUUUAAUUUCACUUAUGAAAGCCGGUCGCACAUGGUGGCUCGCCCGUGUGUUGCACACUAACAACUGUAUUUGUACCCACUAGAACGGAAUGGAAUGUUAGACUAAGUCCUGCCAGUACAUUUCUGUGGCAUGUUUUUUCAAUCAAUCUUCGGAUGUAAACGGUGGGUUUCGUUUUAGGCUAAGGCAAAGAAUAUGAAGACUUCAAAAAAACUAACUUCUGGACGUUGCAAAAUAACUGACUAAGAUAAUAAACCCAGUUUGUUUUAACAACACCAGUGAAAUACCACGUGAAACAUGAUUUCUCCACAUGUGAAAAGGCCACCGUUGCUAUGCUUACAUAAUAAAUGGCGCCUUUCAAGCAAAAAAAACUACUAACUGAAAUGGUUUGGUAUUUCAUUGGUGUCUAUAUAAUAAAUAGAACAUUACAUGGCUGCUUGGAGACACGACAUUUCUCUUCUCGUAUUGAAAACUUGAAGGGAAAUUUUGUAUCGCCGCGUGGCCAUAAAAUAUCCUCUUUGUAGCUCGCAUUACUAACUUUUAGUUUUGAAUAUUAUAAUAGCCCUUUAAACAUUUUCAUACGUUUUAACGAGUGGAGCAACUACUGCAUAACAAAGGGAUCAGACGAAUGGAAGGUGUACGCGGAUGGAACAUUCAAGGCGUCUUUGCCUUCUAACACUUGAAGGGAAAUUUUGUAUCUCCGCGCGGCCAUAAAAUAUCCUCUUUGUAGCUCGCAUUACUAACUUUUAGUUUUGAAUAUUUUAAUAGCACUUUAAACAUUUUGAUACGUUUUAACGAGUGGAGCAACUACUGCAUAACAAAGGGAUCAGACGAAUGGAAGGUGUACGUGGAUGGAACAUUCAAGGCAUCUUUAGCAGAUCCAGGUGACUUGCCUUUCUUUGAUUCCGACGAGCAUGAUGGAGAUGAUGAUGAUAAUGAUGAUGAUCAUUUAAUUUUGAAGGAUGAGUUAUUAGAUCAUCUCACUCAAGUCAAUCCAAUUGUCUUUACGCUCAACCAAUGGUAUCAUUGUAAGAAGAUCCACCCAAGCAAAUUCUCCAAUACAGGCUUCUCCCAUUCCACUACCCUUAAAGAGAAGUUACAUUUACCAAAUCGCAAUGAUUAACAGGCCCAGAAAGCUGUUAUUGUUUAUAUUCAACAUCGGGGUUUUAAUACUUUUGCAGUUAAUAUCAAUAAAAUAUUUUAGUUACCAAAACAAAAAGGACUUUUUUUGGCAAAAAUCUUUCAGCCUUUUUGUCGUUUAGAUAUUGAUUUGAAUAUUUGAUUUCCAGUCCCAAAAGUUAGAGAUACUUUAGAGAAAUAGGUCCUUGGAUGAAGUAAGGCUCCAUAGGACUCGGCAAGAAAAGAACACAAAACACCCGCGCUACGCGAUCCUAUGAACUACACACUAAACAACUGACCAUUGCACGCCAAUUAUCAGCCAUAUGGAUGUUUGGUAAACUGGGGAGUACUGUGUUUUUUAUAUCGGUAUUUCGAAAUUUCUGACCAGAAUUCUAGAAAUAGUGAGCUAGAUUUGAAUCAGGGAUAUUGUAGAGGAUGUUUUAGGUUAUCAGGGCGUUUUGAGAACAACACAAAACAGUUACCCUCGUUCGGUGACGUUCGAGUUCUCACCAGUAACAAACGAGCAAGCGUAAUAGAUAUUGUUUUAAUUGGGCAAUAGCAAGGUUUACGGCUGUGGUUACUUCAAGAACGGUCUCCUGAUUCUAAUAAAAAUAAAAGAACAUGUUUUCCCUUAAUCCUAACGCUAAAAAAAAAGUUCUCUAUUAAAUUAAACAACUGAAAAAUCACUCCGAUAUAGACCUGUCAAAGUACUAAAUCCUUCUUUUUACAUAGGAGCGAUCACCGUCGAGGAAGGCAGAAUGGUAUAUGGAAAAUAUUACAAGGACAGUUCCGGAAGCAGUUUUUUCUCUCAAUCUACCUUCGUCGGAGAAAUGGCAGGCAUCAAUGUCUGGGAUCGUGUGCUGAGUGAAGCAGAGAUAUCAGAAAUGUCCAAGUCAUGCACUUCCGGGAAGGGCAACAUUGUUAGCAUGGUUGAAUUAAAGAUCAUGGGGGGAGUAAAGAAAAUCCCCGUCUCUUGUUAAACUGGCCAGUAUUUUGGAUUCUACAAAGCCCUUGGGUCAGCUGUAGGGAAGCUGGAGGGAUUCUUUUGGGUCUUUGUAUCAAUCGUCAAUCAGCCGUUGUCCUAGUCUUAUUUGGCUGAUUUAGCAACAACAACAACAACAUAAGAUUUAUUUGAAUGACUAUAAUUAUGUAGUUACAGUAUAGCAAAAGCUUUAACAUAAAAAAACAAUUUAUAAAAAUGAUAAUGCAAUACAAUGAUUACCACAGUCAAGUGUCAUCAGCAUGAUUUGAUAACAAAUUAAUACGUAAAUCAUUACAUAAUGAGACAAAUUUCAACAAAUGUGAAUUUACGGGAAAAACGGAAGGGAACGUCAGUUGACGACUUGAAAGCGCGCGGGAAGGACCAAAUACGACUUCCAUUGCCCAAUUUGCCCUUCUGCCACUGGUCAAGCCAGAUGUUUGAUUUGCGCGCGCCGUUGUCAAAUGACAUUCCCGUUAUGUUGCUAAAUCGGCCUAUUUACGUCUUUCAAUUGGGCUGCAGAAAUUUGCUGGAGGUUCGAAAUCAGAAAUUUAAAAUACAAAAGACUACCGAAAUUAUUAGUUAUAAUAGGUGAAUAAACUGACACAAACCCUGAAUCGCUGAGGCCAACAAACAGCCAACACAAAACAAUUCUGAAUUUUUCAGCUGUUUGCCGCUAUAACUAAUAAAGUAUCAGAAUAAAUGGCAUUAACCUUUACUUAAAAAUAUAAAAAUCAUAACAAGGGUGAGGAAUCAACUAAAAAAGGUAAUUAUUGAAUUCUGAUUUAUGUUAUUAUUUUUUUUAUUAGAGU